ACACUGUGAGAUGAAUCCGGCAGCUCUCUCAUCCCUCGGACACCUCAAAUCCAUUUCUCUAACUACGCGAAUUUGUUGCCAAAACCCAACUGCAACCAGUAUCUGGAAGGAGGAUUGUAAAAAAAAAACACCACACCAUGAGUGAAUCCAGAAACUAUGAGUGACGGUCCGGCGUGUUGCCCAGCUGCUGUGGCGCUCUGGCGGAUGGCAAGUUGUGAGUCAGAGGCGGAGGACCAGCAACUUUUAUAGACUUUCAAGUCCACCGCCUGCAAGUAGCCAGCAGCCCCAAUUUAGACUUGUUUUACUCAGGGAUUGUGCGUCCGGAGAGCUUUGACAUUAGUCCAGUGUUUUUAGGUUAUGUGUUGUCCAGGGCGUUUUGAAGCGACAAGGAAAUGGCAUUUCUGGUUUUUGUGGUUGACAAUGGAGAAUAAAUGAAAGGGACGUUUCAGGGGAUUAAUUGACAGCACAACGACAGAAUGCGGGAGAGGGAGCUACAGAGCAUGUGCAGAAAGGCUCUGCUGCUGACUGUCUGUAUGGUGUCUCUCUGGGGACAACUGACCAGCGCAUCAUCACACAGAAGCCACAUAGUUCAUGUGAAAGCGGGAACCUGUGAGGUAAUUGCUGCACACCGAUGCUGCAACAAAAACAAGAUCGAAGAGAGAUCCCAGACUGUCAAAUGCUCCUGCUUCCCUGGACAGGUGGCGGGAACAACAAGAGCGGCUCCAUCUUGUGUAGACGCAUCCAUAGUUGCACAGAAGUGGUGGUGCCAGAUGCAUCCCUGCAUGGAUGGGGAAGAGUGUAAAGUGCUGCCAGAUCUCAAAGGAUGGAGCUGCAGUACAGGAAACAAAGUUAAGACAACCAAGGUCACACGAUAGUCAUCUGUUUCCAGGAUAACCUUGCUUGGAACCAGACAUUGUUUCUUUGACCAACACUGUAGGACAUUUGGAUAUCAUGUGUUUUGAGGAUCGGUGGAAACCAGGGACCAACAAGGACAAUAAUCACGGACAAUCCACUGAACGAAUGGAAGAAAAGGACCAGAGAGCAUCAUAUAAGACUACAUAUACAAAUAGAUUCCUGACUUUAGAUCCAGCAUCAACAGUAGCUGUCUCUGAACUCUGUUGCCCAAAUCUCUCUUUGUAUUAUAGUUUUAUUCCUAUGGACUAGAAGACUCCACCAUGAAGAUAUUUAUUGACUAAAAGACUGUGGAUUACACCAGAAAAAAAAUCACCCGUAAAACAAAACCAUGUGAUGUGAAACUUUUGUGUUAUUUUCUUGCCACAAAGAGCCCCAGGACUCUUGAUGCAUAUCUGUGUUGAAGAUCUAGUGAGAUCAUAAGCAUUUUCAUUCCUUUCAGCCUUAUGCAGCAGAUAUCUCUUCUGUUUCUUUUUUGUUGAUUUGAAACUAUCAAGUGUUUGGCUUUCUUAAGUUUGUUAGGAUGUCAAGUCUUCUUUAUAAAGACAACAGGCAAUGCCACAAUAAUAAAACCCGGAAAAAAUGUAAUGAUGUUUGACUAAAAGUUACCAAGGGUCAACACAGCUGAGUUCUGCCAAAAUGUUUUAAUGGUAUCUGUUGUUUUCAAAGCCUGGUGACAAAUGUCAGUAUUAUCUCAAUAAAUCUAAUUCAAAGGA